AAUCACUUCUCUCAAGUUUUACAAGAAUUCUUAGACGACACUUCUUCCAGUCGUGAAUCACUUCUCUCAAGUUUGACCUUUUUUGAAUUUUGUUCUUGUUCGCCAACAAUGGAAGAAGGUGGUUUGGAAGAACUUUGUAAUUCUCUUCAAGCUGGAACUCCUCCAACGUCGGCCUUUGAAAAGAGGCGCAUGAUUGAAGAGUUUUAUGGAAUGCCAAGGCCUGAAGUAGUAGAGGUCCAUCCUUCGGAUGUUGUAAAGACCAAGGGUCAUGCUAGAAGCUCCGCGAGCCGACUGAUUUCAAAGAGAGAAAAGGCUGUAAAGGAGGCUAUUAGGCCUCUUAGACGUUGUAAGGCGUGCGAUGAGUUGGGCCAUCACGACUCUAGAAACUGUCCAAUGCUUAAAGAGAUGGCGAAGGAGAAAGAGCUUAGUAAAGGCAAGAGGAAAGCUUGAUGUGUUUUGUACCUAAAAAAUUAGUUUUCGUCU